GGUAAGAGACUGAGUAGGUGUCGCGCGUUGAUGACGUAGGCGGAGGCCGCGCCAGCAACAGCAGCAGCGGGAUCCGGUGAAUCGUCGCCCCGGUGGAGUGAGCGAGGAGCCCGGCCCCAUCUCCUCCUCUCAGGUACGUUUGACCCAUGGCUGCUGCCGACAGUCCUGAACGAGAUCCCCUUUCUCCUGAGGAAAUCCCACCUGACCUGACAGACGACGAAGAUGAGGACAGAGACCUCUCAUCGGACCAUGACCUGGACAGAGACCUCUCAUCGGACCAUGACCUGGACAGAGAUGAGAACAGUAGCGAUUUGCUGAUCAAUAAACGUUCCCCUGAGGAUGGGGCCUAUCCGGAGUCCAACUCCCCCAUGCCAUGGGAGAACCCUUCCCCAAAAGCUGUCGAUAGUGAUUCCUUAGAUAUUAAAGGUUCUCCCGAUGACCCAGCCUCCCCGGAACCCGGCUCUCCCAUGCCGUGGGAUGAUGCUUCUCCCAAAACCCCCUACGGCGAUUUCCUAGACGAUAAAGGUUCCCCCGAUUACAGGGCCUCCCCGGAACCGAACUCGCCCAUGCCGUGGGAUAAUCUUUCUCCAAAAGCUGAUACAGAAGAAAGAGACCUAUCAGAUUUCAUCUCUAAAGCCAUCGAUGCCUCCCCAACGGAGGACGGAGGACCGGACAUUUCUACCAAGGACAAUCCGGACUCUCCCAUUAAUCUUGAAGAACCAGAAGGAAGCCCCGUCAAGUCUCCUCUCUUGGACGACGACGAUCGCCUGAGUGAGAUCAAAUCUCCCGCCUCCGGCAGCGAGCCGACCCGAGGCGAGCGCCGUUCUCCCGCUGCCCGUCAGGACGAGGACCCAAGCAACGACCUGAGGGAUGAGGCCUCCUCGGUCAUGCGGGAACUGGAUGAACACGAACUGGAUUAUGACGAGGAGGUCCCAGAGGAACCAGCCGGCCCGAACCAAGAGGACGAAUCGGAGAAACUCGGAGGAGACGAUGAAGAUGAGAAAGACGAUAAAGACAAAGAUGACUCUCGUGUGGAGGCCAAGGAGUCCACCAAUGAGCAGAAAGACAGGGAGGUUCCAAAAGAUAAAAAGAAAGAGGAGGACGAUGGAGAGAUCGAUGAAGGGGAGAUUGAUGAUGAUGAUCUGGAGGAAGGGGAGGUGAAGGAUCCCAACGACAGGAAAACCAGACCGCGAAUGACCUGCCGAUUCUUCAUGAAAGGCAAUUGCACAUGGGGCAUGAGCUGUCGGUUUAUACACCCCGGGAUGAAUGAUAAGGGGAAUUAUUCUCUGAUAUCUAAACCUGACCCGUUUUCCCCCAACGGCACCGCCCCCGGCGUGGCUCAGCUGCCUCAGAACCCUUGGGGGGCUCCAGUCACCGAGGAGCUUCUCCCUCCCCCUGUUCUGGAACCGCCAGCAGAGAGCGCCUGGGAGAGAGGACUUCGACAUGCUAAGGAGGUGUUGAAGAAAGCCACCAUUCGGAAGGAGCAGGAGCCGGACUUCGAGGAGAAGCGUCUGACGGUCACCAUCGGAGAAGACGAGCGAGACUUAGAUAAAGAAAAUGAUUACUUCCGGGACUGGAACUACCGAAUCACAAGAGAAGUGCGAGAAACCGGGGAAGUGGAGUUUAGAGAAACGAUCACACACGGGGACCCGUACCCAGAUCCGUACUAUGACAUAGAGAUGGACCGAUAUUGGCGAGGUGGGCAGUACGAGAAUUUCCGCGUGCAGUACACAGAAUCGGAGCCGUACCGCUAUCGAGAAAGGGAGAGGGAAAGAGAUAGAGACAGACAGAGAGACAGAGACCGGGAUCGAGACCGAGAGCGACGCCAGCGAGAGAGAGAACGCGAGCGGGAGAGAGAGAAAGACCGCCAGAAGCGGAAAGAUGAAUGGGAGCGUGACCGGAGUAAGCGGGACGAGAAGGAAAGACAGAAGGAGAGAGAAAAGGACAAAGAGAAGGAAAAGAAGGUUCGGUCUCCUCUACUGCCCAGUCGCACCAAUGACACGCCGAAGAAAGAGUCCCCCUCCGUUCCUCCAACAGGUGCUAACCCUACUGCUUCUGCUGCCGCCGCCGCUGCUCCCGCAGCUGGCGGCCCCCCAUCGGUCAAACGUGCGGAUGAGUGGAAGGACCCUUGGCGACGAUCAAAAUCCCCGAAGAAGAAGCUCGGUAAUUCCGGCUCACCCAGCCGAGGCCGCAGGCGACGUCGCACCUCUGCUUCCACCGAGUCCGGCUCCAAUUCCUCCCGGUCCUCCUCGCGGUCGUCCUCCUAUUCCGGUUCCGGAUCUUCACGUUCCAGAUCAUCCUCCUACAGCUCGUACUCCAGCCGUUCCUCGCGGCACAGCUCCUUCUCCGGCAGCCGGUCCAGGUGGUGUGAUUUUCUUAUCUUCAUUGAAAAAAAAACUCCCUCGCCAGCGCCCUCACCGCACAAAGCCUCCGCUAAAAGCAAAGGGGACACUGUCUCCGCACCUAAAGGAGACAAACCAAAUGUGAAGAAAGCUGCCCCUCCCGCAGUACCCGUAGCGGCGGUAAAACCUGUAAAAGUCGGAGCAGAGCCACCUAAAACCAGUGAAAACAGAAUUGGACGAGCCAAGGAGACGAAGAAGAAAGUUCCACCCAGAAGGAGAACGGUAAGCGGCAGCAUCAGCGGCAGCAGCUACAGCGGCUCCAGUUCUAGGUCCGGAUCCCGAACAUUGUCCUCUGGAUCUUCAUCGGCCACCGCUUCACCUUCUCCAUCCGCGUCCCGAAAAUCCAGGAAGUCCAGGUCGCUCAGCGUAAGCAGCGUCUCAUCUGUCUCCAGCGUUUCCUCCAGCAGCAGUUCUGUGCGUAGCGCCGACUCGGAGGACAUGUACGCCGACCUCGCCAGCCCCAUCUCCUCGGCAAGCUCGCCCUCACUGACCCCAUCACUGCAAAAGAAAGAAAAAGGUUCUGCCGACAAAACCAAAAAGGAGGGCCAGCGGCCUAAAGAGGACAAGCGAGUUCGGGAGGAUGACAAGCGAGUUCGGGAGGAUGACAAGCGAGUUCGGGAGGAUGACAAGCGCGCUCGGGAAGAGGACAAGCGAGCUCGGGAAGAGGACAAGCGGGUUCGGGAAGAGGACAAGCGAGCUCGGGAUCCCGCCGUACAGACCACGAAAGCAGCCGCCACUGCAAAACCGCCGAAGCCAGUUAGUGGUCCAAAAAUAUCCGCUCAACCAGCCGCCCCUCCGCCGGCCCUGAGCGGCUUCAGCGCUCACAAGGAAAUCAAAUUGACUCUGCUUAGCAAGGGCACGGAUAAAGGGAGUAGGAAGAGAUAUGAACCUUCCGAUAAAGACCGGCCGAGUUCACCGCCUGCCAAAAAGUCCAACCUGUCCCCAGAUCGGGCGCAAGACCGCAAACCGCCCGGGAAGCCCCCGUCACCGAAACCGGAGCGCCAGCGGGUUCCAAACACCAAGCCAUACCCCAUGCUGCCCGACAGGAAACGUCCGUCUUCUCCGCCUCCGAAGAGCUCCAGCAAAGUCACCAGCAUCCCCGGAAAAGCUCCAGAGGCCGCCCCGGCCGCCGGCGCCAAGCCCGGGAAAUCCAGCACGUUGUCACGCAGGGAGGAACUUCUCAAACAGCUCAAGGCUGUGGAGGACGCCAUCGCUCGCAAGCGGGCCAAGAUACCCGGCAAAGCGUAGCGAGGACAGAGGCCAGCCCGCCAUCCGGAAUCUUCCCGGGAACCACGAGUCUCAGCACACCUCGCAGCGCAGGCCGGGACUUUCAUGUUC